CAGUUGCGUGCUGCUGAGGACGGGCUAUGGAAAUUGGAUAAUCCAUUUGAGGCGCUAUCGCCGCCACGUCCCAUUACGCCUCCGGAAGUUUCUCAUCCGACCUCUAGACGCCAAUAUGUGCGCCCUGUCGUCGUGGAAGUUCAGCCUGACAAUCCGACCGCCAUGGGCACAGGAGCGUACAUUUUGCCCCUUCCACGUCUACUACAAGCUCUCGACCCGUGACAUCGUCCGAAGCGUGGUCAAUGUACAAUUUCGAAGUUCAUGCACGGCAAUGCAGAGACUGUCACUGAGAUGCUGUGCUGAGAUCAGUUUUCAUACAAGUAAGCGCGCUGCAGCGUCUCACCAUGCGUACAUUUGAUGUUUCGAAGCAAGCUACAGAGACGCAUGCCGGUGACUUGGAGGUUCUGGUUGAAUUGGCCUCCAUGGUAGUGUAUCAGAUGUGCGCUGAGCCUUGACAAUCCCGUUAGGAGCAGCGUUGUUCAGAAGGAAAUCGUUAUAUCC